AUGACUCCCUUCCAAGCCUUAUAUGGUUACCCUCCACCAUCUAUCAUCCCUUAUUUUCCAGGUUCCACAUCUGUGGCUGCUGUUGAUCAACGAUUAAUAAGCCGGGACACCUUACUCGCUACUCUUAGGAGGAACUUACAGUUGGCUCAAUCCAGGAUGAAGGGGUUUUAUGAUAAAAAGCACACUGAAAGAGAAUUUGGAGUAGGCGAUUGGGUGUACUUGAAGCUGCAACCGUAUAAACAGCAUUCUAUGCACAAAGGUGAGUUCCACAAAUUGUCCCAGAGGUACUACGGGCCCUUCCAAGGGGUGGAAAGAGUGGGAAAAGUGGCUAACAGACUGCAGCUGCCAAUUACUGCAAAAAUUCAUGAUGUGUUUCAUGUCUCUCUGCUCAAAAAGAAAUUGGCGGACCUCAUCUUUGCACAACCUCAGCUACCCCAUAUUAUUGAUCCAAAGAAUCCAAAGUGGGAACCUUUUGCUGUGCUUGAUAGGAGGGUGCUCAAGAAAAGAGGAGCGGUUAUUAACCAAUGGUUAGUGCAAUGGCUUGGCACUACACCAGAUGAAGCCACAUGGGAAGAUGUUGAAACAAUCUUACUGAGGUACCCUAGCUUUGAUCCUGAUAUGGAAAUUCCAGUGGGACCAGUCCCAAAUAGAGAUUGA